CUGAAGAGGAGGUUAAAGCCUUGCUAAGCGUCUGGUCAGAAAAAAACAUAAGAAAACAACUUCAUGGAACACUAAGGAAUAAAGGAAUAUUUAUCUACAUUGCUAAAAGACUACAGGAGUUAGGAGUUUGCAGAGACUGGAAACAGUGCCGUGCAAAGUAUAAAAAUCUGAAGUAUGAAUUCAGAACAGUUAAAUAUGCCCACAACUCUGGAGAUGCCACUAAAACCAUGAAGUUUUUUCAUGAUCUGGAUGCUAUACUGCAAUAUGAACCAGUCACACAAUUAACAGAGGACGAAAACGGCAGGUGCUCUGCAACUGAGAGACAGCUGAACAUAAGCACUACCACAGAGAACACUGAAGGUGAAAUAUCAGUUGCAUUAGAAGAGGAUGAGGAUGUCCCAGAGGAUCCAUUACUUUUUAUUUCACAUGUCAGACCAAUUGAACUAGGUAACUCAUACCUGUGUCUCUCCCCCACCCCACCUGAUGUAGGUAACCCAACAUCAAUAUUAGAGACAUCCAAAAAUCCACCUUUUAUUCCAACGGUAGCAAACGAAGGAGGAAAACACUGGACUGUCAAUGAAGUCAGAGCUCUAAUACAUAUAUGGUCAGACAAAAACAUCCAGCAACAACUUGAAGUGACAGUGAGAAAUAAAAGAAUAUUUGAACAAGUUGCUGCUAGGCUUCAAAAAUUUGGAAUUGAAAGGGACUGGAAGCAGUGCAGAACAAAGUAUAAAAACUUAAAACAUGAAUACAAAAGCGUAAAAAAUGCCCAAGACUCAGGGAAUACAAGUAAAAGUAUGAAAUUUUUUAAUGAACUGGAUGCCAUUCUGGGACACAACACUGGAGAGCAAUCAAGCAAAUCAGAUAAUGAAGAAGGUGAAAGGCCUACAGAAUGGAUAGAAGCUAAAACAGAAAAAGACUCCUUAGGAAUACCUGGAGACACAGGUGAAGAGGACUCUGUCAGUAAUAUGUCAGAAGAGCUACAGGUCACACAUAUAGAGAAAGUUUCUGACACAGUGCUCCCUGACAAAUUCAAAGAAGACAAGUCUGUAAGCAAUCUUUUAGAAGAACUAGGUGCCACACAUAUAAAGGAAGAGGAGGAUAUUGGUUUAGAUGAGGUUUCUGCAACGACUACUUCAGAGAAUCUGGCAGCUUCGCAUGUACCAAGAGGGAAAGAUGAGACAAAAAUCCCUGAAGAUAAAGAGGACUUCAUUAAUUUCACCCCAGAAGACUUGGAAUCUACACAUAUAAAGAAAGAGACAAUUGACAUAGACGAUGAUUCUAUAAGCACUACUUCAGAGGAUAUAUCUGGCCCAUCAGUAGUGAAACAGAUAACUGGGACAGACAAUUUAAUUCCUUUGGAUGAAGCACAGAAUCACUUUAGGGUUAUUACAGUUCAUGAUACAGGAGCAGGAAAACACUGGAGUGAUAAUGAAGUCAGAGCUCUAAUAAAUAUAUGGUCAGAUGAGAAGAUACAACAAAUGCUUGAAGGAGCAACAAGAAAUAAAGAAAUCUUUGAGGAGAUUGCCAGAAGAUUAAUGAAAUUUGGCAUAGACAGAGACUGGAAGCAGUGUCGCACAAAGUACAAGAACUUAAAAUAUGAAUACCGCGCACUGCAAAAAGAAAAUGAUCAUCCUGGCAAUCCCAGACGAAAGAUGAGGUUUUACGAUGAAGUUGACUGCAUCUUCAGAAGACAACCUCUAGUUGCAUCUAGCUGGGGAUGUGAAAGUUCUAAUCUCAUAUCAGAGUCAGUGGGAGACAUUAUCACAAACACAGGACCUUGGGGUAUCAAGAGAAAAGCAUCUGAUGAAUCAUCACCUGGGCCGCUUAAGAAGAGUGCUUCUGAGAAAGCUGUAGUACAGUUUCAAAGAAGUUUAACAGACAGAAUGCAUACAGUAACAGAAGGCAAAAAAGCACUUUUAGAAAGGCUUUGUAAACAGGAGGAAACACAAGACAUCAGCAGAACACAGCUGUAUGGUGAUCCUCCAGCUAUAAAACAGGUUGGUUUAAUGAACUUUCUACCAAACUCGCAUGCAAAAAGAAAAUACAGACAAUCCACAGAUGAGAGAUGGAAGAGAUCUAUUUGUUCCGCACCCUCGGCUCCUCCGCGGCCUGGCGCGAGGUCUCGGGCGACCUUGGGGCUGAGUUCUGCGUCAGCCUCCCCCGAAGCUGGCGGGGCUUGGAGAAGAGCCCGCUGCCCCUCUCAGUCUUCCCCAGGCGGCGGGGCUCAUGCGUGGGGCCGGGCCCAGGGCUCCCGGGGCUCUGCCGAAGAGGCGCCUUCCCCGCCCCCCGCAGGCAGAGAGGAGCAGCGGGAACUGAAACUUGGUAAAAAAAUUAAUGAAGGUAAAACAAAAGAAGUCUAUGAGUUGCCAGAUCUCGUGGGAUGUGUGCUGAUGCAAUCAAAAGACCAAAUAACCGCAGGAAAUGCAGCUAGAAAGGAUCACAUGGAAGGAAAGGCAGCAAUUUCCAAUACAACAACUAGCUGUGUGUUUCAACUGCUGCAUGAAUCUGGAAUCAAAACUGCUUUUGUCAGAAAACAUGGCGACACAGCGUUCAUAGCAGCUCAGUGUGAAAUGAUUCCAAUUGAAUGGGUGUGCAGAAGAAUUGCUACUGGUUCUUUCCUGAAAAGAAACCCUGGUGUCAAGGAAGGAUAUAAGUUUUACCCACCCAAAAUUGAAAUGUUUUACAAGGAUGAUGCUGCUAAUGAUCCACAAUGGUCUGAGGAGCAACUAAUUGAAGCCAAGUUCUGCUUUGCUGGACUUACUAUUGGACAAACCGAGGUGGAUAUUAUGGCCCACUCUACACAGGCUAUUUUUGAGAUACUGGAAAAAUCUUGGUUUCCCCAGAACUGCACUCUUGUAGAUAUGAAGAUUGAGUUUGGUGUUAAUAUAACUACAAAAGAGAUUGUCCUUGCUGAUGUUAUUGAUAAUGAUUCUUGGAGACUGUGGCCAUCAGGAGACCGAAGCCAGCAGAAGGACAAACAGUCUUACCGUGAUCUAAAAGAAGUGACCCCUGAAGCGUUGCAGAUGGUUAAAAGAAACUUUGAAUGGGUUGCAGAAAGAGUGGAGUUGCUGCUGAAAACAAAGAGCCAUGGUAGAGUUGUGGUGUUGAUGGGAUCGUCUUCUGAUCUUGGUCACUGUGAAAAAAUUAAAAAGGCAUGUGCAAACUUUGGAAUUCCUUGUGAGCUACGAGUGACAUCUGCUCACAAAGGACCAGAUGAAACUCUGAGGAUCAAGGCAGAGUAUGAAGGUGAUGGAAUCCCUACUGUGUUUGUGGCGGUAGCUGGCAGAAGCAAUGGCUUGGGACCAGUGCUGUCUGGUAACACGUCAUAUCCAGUUGUCAACUGUCCUCCUCUCUCCGCCGAUUGGGGUCCCCAGGAUGUCUGGUCUUCUCUUAGACUGCCCAGUGGUCUUGGCUGUCCUACUAUACUCUCACCUGAAGGAGCUGCCCAGUUUGCUGCUCAGAUUUUUGGAUUAAGUAACCACUUGGUGUGGGCCAAGCUGCGCUCAAGCAUGUUGAAUACGUGGAUCUCCUUGAAGCAAGCUGACAAAAAACUUAGAGAAUGCACCUUAUAAAUAAAGUGUUAAAAGGAAAGUAAUGCAUACCUUAUAUUGGCUACGUAAAAAAUAGUGCCAUGUGCAAACUGUCUUCAUGCUAGGAUCUUCAUGUGGAUCAGUUGGAAAUCUUAAACCCUUUGUUGUAUAAGAUGAUACAUCUUGUAUGGUAGAUGAUAGUCUCUACAAUUGGUCUCGUUUUCUGUUUUUUAAUAAAUGAUAGCAUACAGGAUA